AAAUAUCUACGCAAAAAUAUUCGAUUUCUCCUAUUCAUUUCUUUGAUUUCUAAACACAGCAGUUCAAGUUAGAGAGAAAAUGGGCUGACAGUUCAAAACCGAAGAGAUUUAUAGUCCUACUUUCACUUGUUAUUCGGAACAGUCAAACCAUUUUUUAAUGUUUGCCAUCAUAAUGAAAAUAAUAUCAAAGUGACGAUGCUUGCAUUUUGAGUGUCAAAAAGUGAAGGCAAACUGUUAAGCGGAAUUAUAUGGUUAAAACUUGAAGAAAGUUAUUUAGUCUUCAAAAGGUAAUGUGAGCCACCGUCCCAGCCCGGAGCACUGAACCGGUUGCCACCAUGAGCUCGCUGGAGGCGGAGGCACGCGAAGACCGCGAGCGGGCGGCCAUCGUGGCCCGCUACGACCGCGGGCACGCGCCCGGCGCCGCCAUCGACGCCUGGGAGGACCCCAAGCUGGAGAUCUACCAUGUCACCGACCGAUACGGCUUCAUACACGACAGCCGCCUGCCGGACUCGCUGUCCGUUCAGGAGAAGAAGCAGCACGCCCACGAGAUGGAGCGUGUCAAAAAGUGGCUGGACAUGCUCAAGGACCCGGAUUACGAGCGGCGACACGAGCAGAAGUGGGCGUCUCGCAUCUACAAGGGCAUCCCUCAGCGGGUGCGUGGCCAGGCGUGGCUGCGUUUGCUGCGCGUGGAGCAGCAGCUGCAGCGGCACCCCGGCCUCUACGACAAGCUGCGCCACGAGGCGCGCCUCUGGUCGCCGGACGCGAGACAGAUCGACCUGGAUGUGAACCGCACAUUCCGUGAUCACACCAUGUUCAGGGAGCGGUACGGCAUCAAGCAGCAGGCGCUGUUUCACGUGCUCGUGGCGUAUUCUCUGUACAACUCGGAGUUGGGCUACUGCCAGGGCAUGUCUCAGAUCGCCGCGCUGCUGCUCAUGUUCAUGGACGAGGAGCAAGCCUUCUGGGCGCUCUCCGUCCUCAUGACGGGCGAACUGUACAGGAUGCACGGCCUCUUUAUCCAUGGUUUUCCGAAGCUUCUCAGGCUACAGGCACAUCAUGAUAAAAUCAUGAAGAAGUACCUGCCCAAGCUGAAGAAGCACCUUGACAAGCAUGGCAUCGACACCAGCAUCUACACACUGAAGUGGUUCUUUCAAUGUUUCCUAGACAGGGUGCCGUUUCCACUGGCGCUUCGCCUGUGGGACGCCUACCUGCUCGAGGGCGAGGUCGUGCUCACCGCCGGAGCCUACAUGAUUAUGAGGAUGCACAGGAAGACGCUGCUUCGGCUACCCAUGGAGGACAUUCUCGACUUUUUGCAGGCGCGGCUGCCGCGGGAUUUCCUCUACGACGAGGACACUGCCAUUCACGAGCUGACGCGGUGUAUGUCCGAGCUGCGGUCCGGCAAACUGGACCGCGCGGGCCAGCCGACGGACGUGGAGCUACCGCGGAGACCGCUGGGCCUGCCGCCGCGGCCCGCCCGCGCCGCCCCCGCCCCCGCCACCGCCAACGCUGUGCCGCUGGCCGACGCCGACUCAGACUCUUCGCCGACAGCGGACCAGGCGUCACCACCGCCGGCGACCCGGGUAUCCAUCCGGAGCCGGCCCUCGUCCCCGACCGCCCCGGCGACACCGGUGGGCGUUAUCCCGGCGCCGGUGCCGCCACCGUCCCCGCCCCCGGCCUCCCCGCCGCCCCUGCUGCGCUCGGACGGCGCUAACGGAGUGGUACGCCCGGCCGACCCGCUGCCCUGGAGCACGGACGGCAUGUACCGACGGGCCGAGGCCGAGCAGCGGGCACGGCGGACCGCCGGCAGCGCGCGGCACAAGUCAGCCGAGGCCGGCGCCGGAGACGGCUGGGCGGCCUCCGUGGAGAGGCGGCGGCGCUCCGAGGGUCGGCACAGCGGCGGCGGAGACGGAGGCGAUAGGCGAGGCGCGGCUCAUGCGCGUCACGCCGGUGUAGACUCGGUCUGGACGCCGGUGACGCCGGCCUCCAACGGACUGCGCCGGCCCGGCCACCUGAGCCUGACCCAGCUGAGCGGCGACGAGCCGGGCAGUCCGCCCACCUCGCCGCCGGGCACCGUCUCCAUCUACGUGUCCGGGUCCGGCGGCUCCGGCCGCCGCUCGCCGUCGGGUUCACUGGGCAGCUCGUCACGCCUCUCCCUGCGCUGGUCGGGCUCGUCGGUCACCAGCUCGCUGGAGCGCUCCGGGCCGCGCAGUCGGGUGUCGGUGUCGCCGGCCGGCGCGACUCUGGUCACCAUCGGGCCGGCCGGGACGGACAGUCCGCCGCCGGCGCGUCGUGUCCGUCGCGUGCCCAUCCUUCUAGAGGCGUCCGGCGUGGAGCUGAGAUAGGUCGGCCGGCCGGCCGGCGCGCCCGUCUCUGUGAUACGCCGCGGCAGGUGUCAGAGCGUCCACCACCGGCGUGGGACCCACCGCGCCGCGUGCAGGGCGCCCUGGACAGCAGGGCUCGUCUGAGUACAAAGUGAUAUUAGCGUUACCGCCCCGGGCGUGUGAGGACAUCUGUGAUGUCGGCUGGGAAGCGUGGUUGUGUGUCAGGAUCGCAGAGUGGAGUGGGUGGCAGUGCCCGCCGUUUAUGAACGGGCCAGUGGCCUGCCGUCGAUGAACGGGCUAGUGUCUGUUGUUUCUGCUGCGUCCGCGACCGUCGGACACAAUUGGUGGUCAGUUGUCGCUCAAGACUCUCAUCGGUACCGGUGACAUUGUUUUCAGGGCUAUAUUUGAUUAUCUGUGUGCUUUUCGCAUCGUUUUCCGCUUGUGCACUUUCCAUAUUCCGUCAUGAGGUCUCAAAUGAGUGUAUCCUUAUCCAUAAUAAUCAUACUACCAAGCUCGUAUUUAUUGAUCCAUAUAUCCUGUUAUUGCUUGCCCGCUCUGUCCUGACGGCUGUGCCGUCCUGUACCGCGUGUCUCGCGCUCUGUUGUCGGCCGGACCGCCGUCAGACCCUAGCGUCAUCUGGCGCCGCCGCGGCAGACCGUCGGGACCACCCUACGGAGGUCCGGUCUGGGCCCGUGGCGCCACCUCUGCGGCCGCCCGUCCUGUUAUCACCGGCUCUGGGAGCCGUGCCGUGUGGGCAACCCCUUCCUCCUGUAAUCGCUCAGUGAACAAAGGGUGCGUUAUGUUCGCAGCAGCUGACAGUCAUGGCGGACAUGCAGCUUAUUAUUGGGUGAAAUUAGUCAGUUGCGUCGAUGAAUUACGCACAAUGAUUAUCGAGACAUGUUAUUUUUGUAUAUUAUUUUAUAGAGCGACCUGCGCGGAUAUCCAUCGGUUGGCCGGACACCUGGUGGCCCAGCAUGCCAUUGACACUCGCGUUAUGUGUCAUUAUAAUGCAAUCAAUAUAAAUGUUCCUGCGAAGCUUUACUUCA